ACGAGGCUCCUAUUUCUGCUCCCCGUCUAUUUGUUGCUAUAUAUUUCCUGCAUGCAACGUGUGUGUGUGUGUGUUGAGUUAUGUGUGACAGAUGAAAUGAGGACAGAGGGAGGAGGGAGUGUGUGAGCCAGGAUUCAAGAGGUGGAAGAGUGUGCUUGGCUGGAAGCUCUGUAUGAACUCUGACAACACCACAGAACUCCAGAUCCAGUCGGUUCUUCUAAGUGUAAACUGUUAGACGCAAAUUUCUGAAUUCAUAAUGGACUUCUGAAAAAAAAAGAAACAGUAGGGGAUCAUUUCCUCAUCGGGGCAUGCAAAAAGUGAGGAUCAAAAAGGCAGGGAGAACAGGAUGUCGACGUCGUCAUCAGAAAACAAUCCUGAGGAUGUCAACCAUCGCAGCUUCUGGAUGCCUGGGAACUAUCAUCGCACCGUGAAACGCACAGAAGAUGCCUUCCAGGCCUGUAACGACAUCGUGGCGUGUUUCCAGGAGAGAGCCCGCUUGGAGAGGCAGUAUGCUCAGCAGCUCAAUGAAUGGAGCAACAAGUGGAAACCAGUAGUGGACUCCAGUCCUCUGUAUGGGUCUCUUUUAAAAGCUUGGCAGUGUUUUUUGUCCUCCGCUGACCGGCUGGCCUCUUUACACGCCUCCAUCUGUCGCUCCCUGGUGUCGGAAGACGCAGACCGAGUCAGGACCUGGCAGAAGGACACCUUUCACAAGAAGGUAUUUGGAGGCUUCAAGGAGUCCCAGGACAUUGAGACGGGGUUUACACGGGCUCAGAAGCCAUGGGCAAAACGGCUUAAAAAGUUGGACAAAGCUAGAAGGGCGUACCAUAAGGUGAGCCGUAAGGAGCAUGGUGCUAAGGAGAGAGACUUUCAUGCUCAGGGAAACCCAGAUGUUUCUAUUGACAAACAGAAAAAGAUCCAGGAGGAGAGAGAACUGGCUCAGCAAGAGGCUGAGAAGGUCCGUGCUCGCUAUGAGAAGGUCCUGGAGGAGGUGAACCGCUACGUUCCUCGCUACAUGGAGGAGAUGGAGUCCAUUUUCGACCAAUCCCAGGAUGAAGAGCGAAGGAGAAUUCUGUUUCUCAAAGAGGCCUUCCUCUCCAUCCACACACACCUGGACGUCACCAACAACGAGAGUGUGAGGGCCGUGUACAAUGAGCUACACAACACCCUGAUGGGCAUCGAUGAGCAAGAAGACCUUCGCUGGUGGAAAAACACUCUUGGACCCGGCAUGCCGACUGACUGGCCUCACUUCCAGGAUUAUUCACCUGAAAAGAAAACCAAAAAGGGGAAGAAGGAGGUGGAAAAGAAAGAAACGAUAGAAAAGAGUGUGAUGAUUGGAGGAGUGAGAGUGAGAGCUCUCUAUGACUAUGUCGGUCAGGAGACAGACGAGCUCUCCUUUAAAGCAGGUGAGGAGUUUCUGAAGAUAGAGGAUGAGGAUGACCAGGGCUGGUGUCGGGGGAAGAAGGACGAAGGCUGGGAGGGGCUUUAUCCUGCCAACUAUGUUGAAGUGGUAUAGUUGCCACAGUCAGAACGGAUAUAGAAAAAACAUCCUGGUGCUGCAUUAGGUUCUCCUCUUUGCAGCCUGGUUCUGAUCUGAAAAUCAGUGCUUUCAGAAUUUACACCGAGAUGUUUGUCAUAAAUGAAAGCAUGGUUCUACUUUGAGCUGUUUUAAAAAUACAGAUUUGUAACGCCUGAAGUAUUUUACUGAAUGUGUUAAGAUAAAAGCACGCAAGUCAUUUAUGUAACGAUAACAUAUGCUUGAGUAUAAAGUCACCCUAACAAAGUUGGUACUGAAGAUACGGUACAGAACCGAGAUUUGUUUUUAUUUUAGCCUUCUUUUUAAAAUGUUAUCACAAUGCUUUUAAGAACUUGCUGCAUUAAGUAUGGAAAACAAGCAGUGUGGUUUAAAUUAAUCUCAAGCAGUUUUACUGACAAAGUCACAGCAUCAGCCCACAUCCUUCUGACCUUGAAUAUGUCUUAAUUUGUGACUUUUUGAUACUAAAAGUGCAUUUCACCUCCACUUUUUCACUUCACUACUUGAAAGGGAGCAAUCACAUAACCCAGAAUCAAUUAUUGCAGCUAUUCCCUUUUUAUCGAGCUUUAUAUGAGCUUUCUGAUUACUUUAUUUCUUUAUAAUAUCUUCAGGACAUCCAGAAUACGUAAAUCUGCUCUUACACAUGCAGUCAGGGCCAUGAGUUUUGGCAUUGACACAAACGUUGCAUUUUUACAAUAAACUGAAGAAUUAUCACAAACAUUUAAAUGUUUCCAAAGGCUUUUAGAUGUUAAUACAGUACAUUUAUGCAAAGAUGCAGUACAUAAAGUGUUCAGCCUUCUUCUGUAUACCUGCUGUUAUUCUCUCUGACUUGCUAAAUAGCAACUUCUGGGCUAAUUCUUGACUGAUAGUCCCCCAUUCUGGUCUUCUCAGCACUUGGUCUUCUGUUUCUCCACCUGCCGCUUGAGAGCUAUCCACGUGUUCCAAGAGGGGUUAAGAUCUGGCUGACUUUAGAUCCAAAAUUUAAAUUUUCUGAGCUUUGAGCCGUUUUAUCAAUUUCCCUUGCAACACCCUCGCACUUCCUGCAAAAUUUCACUCUGUAAUUGAUGGUUUUCUUAGACAGAAGGGGCUUCUUUGUUGCAGACUGCAGUCCAUGCAGAUGCACCCUCAACCACCUUUUGACAAUGAUGAGCAAGCUCUGCACUGGAGACAACAAACACCAUUCUAGAGUUUCCUGGACCUUUUGGAUGCCUUUAAGCCUUUUUCUCUUAAAAGGAGCUGCUGCCUGAUCAUAAUAAUGAGCUGGAAAACUGAACUGAAGCUCUGAAAGUUCAGCGUUGGCUCAGUUAAUGGCAUGUUACUGGUCCCAUCAGUGGCCCACACUGAACACCAGAACUGCUCCAACCAUCAGGCUGGAUCUGAUCAACCAUGCCAGCUGAUCUUUAUGAAUAGGAGGCAGAAUGUGAAGCCUGCUGUCUGCAAAGAUGUGGCACUCGUUAAUCUGUAUUUAUAGGUGAAACUAUAUUAUUAUUAUUAUUAUUAUUAUUAUUAUUAUAAUUAUUAUUAUAAUAUUGCAUCAGAUUAACAACCAUGUUUUUUUUGUCUGUUCCUUCAACAUGAAACAUCUUUUUCAGCUUUUUCUAUCUUUCUAUUUUCAAAUUUAACAAUAUUUACCAAAGUUAGGAAACAGCCCAGAAAAUGCUUUCUUGGCCUUGCUUACCCCCUCUCUAAUAUCCUAUAUUCACGAACUUUAUCUUUGUUUGUCAUGUGAAAACUAUGCAUUUGCAAUCUUGGUGUCUUUUGGAAAUAAACUCUUAAAACGGCUGCAUUUAUGUUGAGUAGAAGUGUGUGUGGCAGAGUGCGUUUGUGAAUCACAGCGUUGUUUCCCUCAGGAUCCUCUGAGCUCUACCUGUGGUUGUCACAAAUACACAUAUUGAGACGUUCACACAGCUGCCGACAGGGAGCCAAAAUGACCACCAACCGAGCAACCCGCCAGCGUUCGUGUUUCAAUUCAAUUCAAUUCAAAGAUACUUUAUUGAUCCCCGAGGGGAAAUUAGGGUAAGCCAAAGUGUUGACAUGAAUUCAAGGAGAAGAAAGAAGCGGAGGAACGCUUGUUGUUUAAGAAACAGAGAUAAUAAUUUCCCCCUGGAAGGAAUUUUUACACUUGAUGACAGUCUUGUUGCUCAUUGCAGACAGUUCGAUUAAAACUACGAUUGAACACUGAAGAAGAGUAGCACCGACUGGAGAAAAUAUACUUUAAAAACAUUUUCAAGCACUAGACUGUGUGUAAAAUAAAAUCAAGCAAAAUCUGUAAAAUUCUUUUUAAAAAUGUUACAAUGAAAUAAAGUUGGUUCUUGGAAAGGACAGGCCUCAGUAAACUGA